AUGCCAUUUGGAGCUUUGAUGCCCAUCUUGUUCCUAUCCCUUUUUGUAAGCGCUGAUUUUGGAGAGAUCCACAGUGAGUACCAUGACUUCCUUAUUUCAAAUCAACUUAUCUACGAGCAUAUAUUCAAUGGUUACGAAAAAGACGUUGGACCUACUCAAACCGAAAGUGAGUGCACAGGAUCCAUAGCUGCUCGUGAAUACCUUGAAGCCAAUGGGAACAUGUCGAAUCUCAAGGUGUCUCUUGAGCUCAUCAAUGGGAGUUUCCUGCAGCUUGAUCAAGUAUCUCAGUCCGUUUAUGUACAACUUGAGUUCAGUGCUGGAAACGGUGAGUGGAAUGUAGUGAAUGUCUCUGUGCGGGACCUCAUUAUAUACGAGGGUGACACUGAAAAUGAGAUGCAAGUGGGUGAAUACAGUAUCGUCAUCAAACGCACUACCGCCUACUAUGUGACAAUCAUUUUGAUUCCAUGCUUCCUUUGCACUUUAAUAAUCGUCGUUGGUCUGUUCAUGGCAAAACCUGCAGAGCUCAUCGGCAAGCUAUCAGUCGGUCUCACUGGAAUAAUGGCCUUAGUGUUCCUCAUGGGACUAGCAGCUAACUCUCUCCCACACACAGCUACAGUACCAGAUAUGACAAUCUAUAUCCUAACCUGUCUUAUGCAAAUUGUGAGCUCUGUAUUAUACGUAUUGCUUUUUCCAAAUGAUCCGUUCACGAGAGCGAUCGUAUCCCUAAAGUUUUUCAAACAAGAACACAAAUCUCAACCGUAA